AUGUCCAGGCCGGCGCUGUCUCCUGUGCCCAGCAGCAGGCUGGUGGUGCUGCUGAUGCUUCUCUCAGGGGAGACUGUGUUCGCAGCCGCCCAAAGAGAGGAACUGCUACGGAAGCCUCAAGGAAGCGCUUGUUCCCAGAUCUGGCAGCAUCCACGUUUCAUGGCCAAGAAACGGGGCUCCACGGUGGAAAUAACGUGCCACAUUGAGGCCGUGGGCAUUGUGAGCUGGCUCUGGAAGCGGGACAUGGACUCGGAUCCCAAGAUGCUGGUCCCGGAAAAGGGACACAUCGAGCAGGCCCAGGGCAAAUCCAAUGCCACCCUCAUUAUCCAGGACAUCCAGUUUCAGGACAAUGGCAUUUACUUCUGUCAGGGAAAGUGCUCCUCCAGCGGGUCCCCCGAGACGAGCUGUGGCACUGAACUCCGAGUUAUGGGGUUCAGCACCUUGGCUCAGCUGAAGCGGCGGAACACGCUGAAAGAUGGCAUCAUCAUGAUCCAGACCCUCCUCAUCAUCCUCUUCAUCACCGUGCCCAUCUUCCUGCUGUUGGACAAGGAUGACAGCAAGGCUGGCAUGGAGGAAGACCACACCUACGAGGGCCUGAAUAUUGACCAGACAGCCACCUACGAGGACAUAGUGACUCUGCGGACAGGGGAGGUGAAGUGGUCGGUGGGCGAGCACCCAGGCCAGGAGUGA